GUCGUGACUUGUACGUGCCAGACGAGGACUCUGAGAACGGCGGCUUCUUGUCCGUGUCCAAGGCGCAAUGUCUCACAGGUGGUCCAGAUUCCCAUGGGCCCGUCCAGUUGGAUGCCUGCAAAGGGCGACCGGAGCAAAACGUGGAGUUUACCUCGCAGAACUACAUCCAGUUCAGCGCCCACAUCAACCACCACCUGGUGUGCCUCCGGACACAGAUCAUGGCGCAAGUGCCCUGCAGUAAGGGCAGUCGAUGGAAGAUGGAUGGAACCUCGCUGAUCUCCCUGGAUCGCACGGGCGACUGCCUGACCAGGAGUCCUUCGGGUGAAGCCUUGGACGUGGUGAAGUGCAAGGGCCUGCCGUUGCAACGGUGGCUCUUCGACAACCCUGGGACUUUAAGUGGCCCGGAGAAGGAUCUUUGCAUCGACAACAUGCAGAGGACCUCUGGGCCACCAGGCCUCUACGGCUGCCAUGGAGGCAAGACCCAGCAGUGGACGCUGGAUGACGAGCAGAAGCUCCGUAGUGGCGAAGGAAGCAACAGCAUUUGCCUUGGGUUUGACCCCACGGUGGCCCUGGCGCCCUGCGCGCCCGACGACCUGGCUUUCAAGUGGAUCCGGAAGACCAGCAAGGAGAAGGGCACCUUAGGCUUCCAAAGCUUCAGCCCUGCGGUCACCCCUGAGCAGUGUAUGGUGGUGAACAACAAAGCGGUGGAGUUAGGAAGUUGCACCUCUGCAGAGCAUUGGUGGAAGUUCCCCUACAGCCGCUGA